AUGUAUGUGAAAGAAGAGGACAUCUUAGAGUUCAUACAGCCUAUCCAGUGCCGAAAACUGCUCAAUGCCUGGAAACAUCACGAACAAGAAAGUAGCAUUUUGGCUGAGCAAUUUGUUCAACCUAGCUCUCCUCUACAUUCACCACAAACAAGCUCCUCAGGCUCCUCAGUAAGUAGCAUGGGAUACAGUGCAUCUUCUACCAGUGUGUCUCCUGUGUUUGUUACCUGGCCUGAAACCUUUCAAGUACCCUGGGACUCAUUGCCAACUGGUAUACAAAUGGCUAUUGCAAAAUGCCAGAGACCUUCACCUGCUGACCGAAGACAGAUAAUAAGGGUCCUUGCUGAUGAAAUAAGAACACAUGAAUCAAAUCCCACCAGAUCACAAUUCCUUAUAGUUGUUCGCCAAAUAGUCAAGCAGUAUCCAAAGAGUUUUGCAGACAUGAUUGGUGACAAGCAGAUUGCAGGUGGAUACGCUUCUCUUCUGUCACAGCUCAAAGUGAACAUAGAGCAUCUGAACCGGAGCAACACACUAAGUCACCAUCGGAUCCAGAGUAAUGAGAGUGGAACCAUUAAAAAGAGAAGCACCACAGACUCCUAUGGUUGCACACGAUGGCAGCCUGAACUUACAGCUGGUGAAAGUUAUGACAGCCUUGAAGUGAAGCGUCAAAGAAUGGAGGAGAUAUUUCUUCAUGAAGGAAGUACUGGAGCAGACAGAGGAGAAGUUCGUAAGUUGAUGGAGGAAACCUAUUGCUACCAGCAUCGAAUGAUAAAUGCCAUCCCAUCUCCUACCAUUGCCAAUUUGAAAACAAAAUGGCCGUACCUCUUCAUACAGAGGUAUAUGUAUAGUCAUUUUGAACUACUCACUGACAGAAAUGUCCUCAGCCAUUUGGAAAUGUCAUUCAAAGAAUGUGGAAAACUCAUUACUGAGUAUUUUAAAACCAAGCCAACUAAUGCCAUUGUUCAGAAUGUCCUAACCAGGGGUGAAGAGGAUGUGGCUGCCUGUGUCUUGCAGCUACUCCUUGCACAUUUUGAGGAGAAAAUGGAUGGGCUCAUCCUUCAAGCAGAUGCAUUUGCCACUUCAGCAGACAUCCAGGGAACACUCAACUUGCCUGGCAGUCCUCGACUGAUCAUUUUUGGUCAAACACUAAGUAACCAGCGGUGGAUGGUGAGCAUUGAAGGUCGCGUUGUAUGUGAGGGAACACAACCCAGCUUUGUCUCUGGACUUGCAGCUGUAUUUGCUUCAUAUUACAAUUUCAACCUCCAGUAUCAAGAAGAGGCUGCAUGCACCCUUGAGUUUGUUCAAAGACGAUUUAUUGACAUCAACCCUGAACGAGGGUCCAAGACCAAGCAAGGAAAACUUAUAUCCAAGAAGACUGGCCAAGUAGUCCAAAAAAAGAAAAGCACAGUAAACCCUCAUGUUUCCUCUCUACUUAGUAAGUUAAUGGACUUUGAAUGGAAUUUUGUCUGA